AUGAAGAAUGUUAAUAAGAAGCCCAGCAGAGGAAAGAUCCAGAAGGGAGGGAGGCCAUCUAAAGGCGAUAGGAAUGAAGGAAGAGGAAGGAUGAACAAUAAGAAAAAGGGGAGUGUGAAGGCCGGGCUGGACAAGAAGAUCUUGAUUGAGCCACACAAGAGGUUUCCAGGGGUGUAUGUUGGAAGAGGGAAGGAGGAUCUGCUGCUUACAAGAAGCUUGGUUCCUGGGACAAGUGUGUAUGGAGAGAGAAGGAUCAGUGUUGAGGUUGAAGGGGAGAAGGUUGAAUAUCGUGUCUGGAAUGUCUAUAGAAGCAAGCUUGCUGCAGGGAUUGUAUGUGGGGUUGAGAACAUCCAUAUAGGGCCUGGAAGUAAGGUAUUAUAUUUGGGAGCUUCAUCCGGCACAACGGUUUCACAUGUGUCUGACAUUGUUGGUAAGGAUGGGAUGGUGUAUGCAGUUGAGUUUAGUGAGAGGUCUGGAAGAGACCUGAUUAACAUGUCCAUGAAGCGGGCGAACAUUGUCCCUAUAAUAGAAGACGCUAGGCAUCCGUCGAGAUACAGAAUGCUUGUGCCGAUUGUCGACUGUAUUUUCUCGGAUGUUUCCCAGCCUGACCAGACAAGAAUUGUUGCACUGAAUGCACAGUACUUUCUGAAGGAAGGAGGUGGUGUAGAUGUCUCCAUCAAGGCGAACUGUGUUAAUUCAUCGAUUCCUGCAGAGACUGUCUUUGCCGAUGAAGUGAAUAUCCUCAGAAAGAGUAAUAUCAAGCCAAGGGAGCAAGUGACUCUUGAGCCAUUUGAAAAGGACCAUGCAAUGAUCGUUGGAAAGUUUGUAUUGGCAAAAUCCAAGGAGAAAAAAUAG